AUGGACUCGGGCCCGGGUCGGUCGGGUGGCGAGUCGGCGGACAGGGGUGCCAGUGCGUUGAUGGCAUUGAGGGAGCGGUUUCUACUGAUUGCUCUGUUCAAGAUCGAACACCGUAGGCACGCGACAUUAUUGGGUUACUGCAAGGUAGACAUCUUGUCGAUUGCCGUGGGCCCGAUACACCAUGACUUUGCUCUGGGAAGCAGCAUCCGAAUCCAGUUCGAAGGGCGUCUCACGCAAAUCUGUCGGCUGAACUGUGUACCAGUUGAAGUGCGUGCACACAUCGAUGAAAUGGACGCAAUCCCAAAAACGGCCGCCACUGGCCCCCGCAAGACCGCCCCUGCCCCUCGCAGUCUGGCGCCGAGCGACCCCGAGGACGUCGGCUUCCCGCCCAAGGCUAAAUCCGUCGCCUCGCUCGUACCGCCCGAUAAAGGCCGAGGAGCCGACAGUGACUCGGGAGGCGACGUUUCUGGCGUCCGCUCAGCCCGGGGCUCAACCUCUCGCGCUGCAGCCGGCGUGGCAGCUCUUGCAGCCGGAGCGGCCGUGCCUGCGAACAUGAUCGGACCCGCGUUGGGAACAAAUUUGGGACCCGACGCGGUGGCGCCCAACGUGGCGACCGUGGGGAGUCUGGUGGCGGGCGCCGCGGGGCUGGGACUCGGGCCCACCACCGCCAGUUCUUCCCGAGCGACUGUGGCGGCGCCGGAGGACCUCGCCCGCGAAAAGAGUCUUCGGAAGGAGGGCACAUUGCGUGAAGAAUUGCUCCGCGAAGACUUGCUGCGAGAAGACUUGCACGCGACCCCCCCGCGAAAAAGUCUGGGCGCAAGUUCGGUUUCGGCGGGUGGCGUUGAGACCCUAGGCGCAGCGUCUGUGGCGACGGAAACGGGCGGGCCAGCGGCACUGGAGCGGAAGGCAUCGGUCAUUGCGGACGUGGAGGCCUUGGACGGGCCAACACAGCAGCACAAGACCGACGACGAACGCCGACCUGUGAAGGCCGAAUGGAAAGUCGACUUUUGUGUGACUGGGCUCCAAGAUGCGACGCCCGCUUCUUCCAACUGGAGCUCCGUCACCGCGACGCCCUACUGGUUCGUCCUCGACGAACAGCGUCCUGUCCCGCCGGAGGAACGCUUCAUACUACCUCUCGGCGAACGCCCUCCGGGUCCGGACAGCCAGUCCGCAGCAGCGGUCGGGGUGAAAAAGCCGGACACGGCGCAGGACACCUACUUUACGUUGGCGCAGCGUUGUCGUCAGCACGAGGGAGAAAUGUUCGCGAGCCAGUUGCCGGCCGCGCCUUGUCUAGAGCCAUUGUUUGUGUGCACUACAUCUGAAGGGAUUCGGGAGUACUGUCUGCACGUGCGCCUGUGGAACAAGCCGUUGGGUGUGGGGCCGGCUAAGUUGUACGGUGAAGCAUGGGUGCCUUUCUUUAAGUUGUUCGAUACGGACAUGUUGAGUUCGCGUUCUUUCUGGGAUGUGCGGUUCGACGAGGUGUUAUGGAACGAUGGGCGUACUGUCGGUCGUAUCUCAUCGUUGAUUGUCUUCCAAGACAUUCCGCUUCUGCGUCAAAUGUUUACUGGCGUCUCAACAGAGCUCGGAUAUCGGCGUCUUAUUUCACCAGGACUGCUGCACAUCCAGGCGACGAGUCGUGCGACCACGGCAUCGAGUGUGGAAAGUAUCGAGGAGGUACGCACCUUGAGCGAACUAACACAGGAGUUACAGAGAAGCUGGUUGAAAGCCAAUGUGCUACAUGCUGAGAAACUCUCGUCGCAAAAACGUUACUCUGAAAACAACAAAAAUGACAACCGGAAUAGCAUCGGCGUCAUCUCAGAGAAGAUCAUUGACCUCCUUGGUCGCACUGGUAACGACACCAAAAGCCCCAUGUUCGACUACCCCGACAUUUACACUAUGAUGCAGGGUCAACGUGUCUUGAUCGAACUCGCCGACCACGUCCUCCAGGUGCAGGAUUUUGUGCCGUACGGUGUGCGGGGCAUCUAUGGUAACAUACUCAUUCUCGUGCUGAAACGCGGCGAAUUGGAAAUGGGCAAUUUGAUCCCAAGUUUACCCUCACACGUGUGUGCUAAAUUCCCCAACAUGGACCUUCACGCACUCAUCAAGGUGGCUAUGUCCAUGCGCCUGGACCUCUCCCCCGAGGAUGAAGCCCGAGAAUGUCUGUACCACAGCACACCCGACGCCAGGGGUCAGUCCACGUCCGGCGGCACGUCUGGCUUCCGCGACGGAGCGAAAAGCGGCGGCCGGGAGAGAAGCGGCUUUGAGAGAAGCGGGCAGGAGAAAGAGGCUUUGUUGGGCGGUGCGGUGGCGAGUGUGCAAGCGGCAAAAAGACUCAUCAGUCGAGGGCGAAAUUCACGUAACGCGGUUUCGCGUGAAGUCACGAAUCCGGACACGAGUGUAAGUUCGCAGAGGACCAAGGUCACCUUUGGUGGUGAGCCACUGCGCGUCGAUAGUGUUGGUGGCCAUAGUGUAGGCGGACAUAGCAGCAUGUCUUCGUUCCAUCCCCAAUCAGGCAGAAGUCUCGAGCAUCAGCGUAGCGGAGCAUCUUCGUUGAAUGCAAGUCGUCUCGUGACGGAGGACCUGCGUUCCCGCGGCUCCGCGAGUCCUCUUGUAGGUUCAGGUAUAAGUCCGAGUAUGAGUUCGGCACGGAGUCCGAGCCAAAGUCCGAGGCCACUGAGUCCUGACGGGAGUUUUCGAAAAGACACCGAGGGGCAGAGUUUUGAGAAGCGCGGAUUAGAGGCAGUGGGAGAGGUGAUGACGGCGUAUGAUGCGGUGGAGUUGAUUUACUACGACAAGAGGAUGCUGAUAAUUCAGCUGUUCAUCGACAUAUUACGACGGCUCUUGGAGUUUGUUUCAAGCAAACUUGACCAAGAUGUCACAAUGUUCGAGUCACAACGAAAGCAAGUGGCCUUAUACUACGCCAUGCUCUACAUCCGUCUACCCACCUUGCGCUCACUCUUUCUCUCUGCCAGUCUGAGUCCUAACGAGUAUGAACUGUACAUUCCGGAGUGGAAAGGAACGGACUUCAAUCUCGAUAAGGCAUCCCUCGACCGCUUCGGCCAACUGUGGUUUCAGAGUGACAAAGGGUUUAGGAGCAGUGCUUCGCUCUUAUCUUCAAUCGACGGAAACGCGACUCAACGCGUAGGCGCCUACGCCAAACGAACCGCCGUGAACCCCUAUCAAGCAGGGAGAAAUGGCGGCCUAUACGAAAUCAGAAUAAACCUGGACUGGUCCCCCUUGUUCACGCUCGUUAAAGGGUAUUAUAACCAACCCGAGGAUGCGAACACACCCAAGGCAGAACAAGCCCCCGAAUUCCCCACCAACCAAGUCGCUUCUAGUACUCUUGAGCCUGUAAGCGCCUCUACACCACCCCCUGACGUUGCUGGGAACAGUGCAGCAGCGACCGGCGGCGGAAUGCGACAGGAUCCACCCACCGAGGAAGGUAAACGGGCCAGCGUAAGCGGUGGCGCCCAACCCAAAGCCCCUCAGCCCAAAGUUACUCAGCCCAAAGUUCCUCAGUCCAGGGCUUCACAACCCAGGACUUCUCUGUCCAAAGCAGCAGAAAAGACCCAGGGGACCCAGGGGGCGGUAGGAAAGACUCAGGUGGCGGAGAAGACUUUGAGUGUGAACCAAGUAGGUGGAAUGCCUGGGACUCCUGGGAGUCGGAGCCUUCACGAGGAUUUGGACGAGAAGAAGAAUGGGGACCCGAGCACGUCUUGGAUCGGCAGUCACGAAGUAGAUGAGCCGGCGAUGGUUCAGGCAAUCUUCGAUAAGUACCCCAAGUCUUUGUCGUGGGUUUCGCAGCGGACACUGACAUUUUAUCUGUUCCUUAAUUCGUGGAUCCGGCUGACUUGGGCGCAGCUGGACUGCGCUCCGAAGUCAAGUUCUAAAGAAGCAGAGAGCAUCGCAGCCCAAGGUGCCAGCAACGUGUCUCGGACCAUCCAAGGGUCUGUGCGGUGGGAACUGAUACCCGGCUACGCCGCCUUCAUCAAGGGAUUCCUGAUUGAACUCAAGUCGAAGCCCAUAGCCAAGUUCCCGGACGCACUCCUAAACUGCUCUGCCUCUCUACUCGUCAAUGAUCGGCUGCUAGCCGUCUUCAUGCGAAUUGUUCUAAGCCGAACCAGCGUCUACUCCAGGGAACAGGUAUUUGCAGCCUUCAACUACUUGGACUUCUGGCUAGAGACUUUCAGCCUCAGGAACCAACCGCUCCCGCUCACCAUGGACUACAGACUACUCGGAAAAGCUGUCGACGCCGUGAUAAACUCUGAUCUCGCACUCCAAAUGGCCAAAGCCAUUUGGUUCCUCUACAAGAGAAUGGACCUUUUCAGCCCCCAGAAAUCCAUGCUCAAAAUACUCAUGGAAAUACUGAUGUACAAACACUUCCAUAAGUGA